AUAAAAUGUAAAGAGAGGAAAUUAAAAGAAACAUGAAAAUAUAUAUAUGACAUACUAUGCUUACGUUUUCAACAUUCUGCGCCGGAACUCUUGCGCGCGCAUAGUAUUGUUAAUGCUGAAUGAAUAUUUGUAUACUGUAACUACAGUGAUUUUUAAUUUAAAAGAAAAAUGAAAUUGUUAACACAUAAUAUGUUAACUUCCAAAUGCUUAAAAGGUGUUACUGUAGGUUAUCCUUUAGGGAUCAUCGCAAAAGAUAUCAAAGUAUCAGAAGUAGACUUCAACUCAGAAUUUAUAGCAAGGAUCAUACCAAAAUUGGACUGGAUAACUUUGUGGAAAGCUGCAGAGAGUAUUGGACAUGUUGGUGAACUUCCUCAAAACUUAAUAGAAGAUUAUGAGAAAAAUGAAGACUUCUUAAAAAAAGUACAUCAUGUGCUAUUAGAAGUAGAAGUGAUAAAUGGAGACUUGUUAUGUCCAGAAUCUGGUAGAAAAUUUCCCAUUAAUGAUGGGAUACCAAACAUGCUUUUGAAUGAAGAUGAAGUUUAAAUUUUAUAAGAAAAUUUAUAAGUCAUAAAAUCAUACAUCAAAACAUGUAUAAAAUUCUUGUAUAUUAUCAUAAAUACUGAUAUUUGCAAAUAGAAUAUAAUCUUUAUGUAUUCAAAUGUUAUGAUUAAGAAUUCUAUAUAGAGCAUUGUGUUUCACAUUUUUAUGAUUUAAUUUUUUCUAUUUUUUAUAAUUAUAAUUAUAAAUGUAGGUAAUAUUUUUUAUAUUGUAUUACAAUUAUGAUAUAAGAAGAUACAUUUUAAUGAAACAUAUACAUCUGGAACUAUUACAGUUUUCAUUAAAUUUAUUAGAGAUAAUAAAUAAGUUCAAUUGUUUUAUUGCACAGAUAUGUAUAGAUACACGAAAUACAAUUUUGUUUUAUCACUUGCAAUAUUUAAUACACACCAUUAUUGCUAGUUAAAAGCUUACUAUUUUUUAUUUAUAAAUAUUAAUUAUUUAAAUGUUUGAAUAAUCUACUAGGAAUGUGAUAUAGGCACAUUCAUUUUUCUCUCUUUAUAAAAGUAAGAUCAUAUUAAACUUUAUGAAUUAUGAAGAAUACAUCCAAAUUAGAGAUUUUGAUGAAAAUAUAUAAAUUCAUUUUACUACUUUCAAAUAUUUGAUAAGAUCUGUAGUCUGUUAGAAAUACCACACUUAUAAACGGAAAAAUACGUAAGUAAUUUAAUUACUUAUUCAGAUACUAAUUAUUGGAGAAAACAAUAUCAUUAUUGAUUAAAAUUUAUCUUGUAAAUGUAUAAAAUAUGUUCUCAAUAACUAAUGUAAAGAUUAUAAGAGAGAAAGAGAGAGAGAGAGAGAGGGAGAGAGAGAGAGAGAGAGAGAGAGAGAGAGAUACUUAGUUUAAAAUACUAAAUUUACUAAAAUCUAAUCUAAACAACUCUUUUAUAGCAGGUAAUAAAUUCAUGCAAUAAAAUAUUCUUUUCCAAAUAUUCAAAUGAACUUCUUUCUAUCAAACAGAAUAUUUUCUGUUAAUCAUAAUAGUAUAUAUUCACAUUAUUUGCUAUCUGUGAUACACAUCGAUAUACAUUCACCAAUAUCUUAUUUGUAUAAUAUAAUAUUUCAAAAAGUAUAGAUGUGUUUAACAUUAAAAUAUAUGAUUUUUUUCUAGCAAAAUUGGAAAGCCCAUUUGUUUUAUUUGCAUUCAUUUCUGCAUUUAGUAUUACUUAAAAUAUAAUGAAAAUAUAUUAUUUAUCCAUCAUAAUUUUUCAAAAGUUAAAAAGCUAUAAAAAUAGCUCUCAACUGAUGUAUCAACCACAGCCCAUCUGUUCAUAAUCAGUAACUCGCAUACUAGAUCUUUUUAAAGGCAGGAUUAUUGAAUGAAGCUAUGAAAAUACCUCUGUUUAUUAACUUAAUUACAGCACUUGUUUUAUUAGUUUUAUACUUGACAUUCUUUUCUUUUUUUUAAUUUCUUGUUAUAAA